GAAGGAAAGCAGAGCACAGGAGAGAGGAGAGGGAAGGGGAGCUAAACCUAAACCCGAUCCGAUUAUUCAACAGCCACCCUCCCCCGACUCCAUUUCACCACACCUCUUCCCCCCCUCGCCCCCCUCUCCGACUCGACUAGGGCGCUCGCGCACGCCGCCGCCCCCCCUCCGCCGCCGCCGCCGACGACGACGACGACGACGGGCGGAAGGGAAAGAGGGAGAGCUCUCGAUCUCCGGCGCGGGCCGUGGGGGCGCACGCACGGCGCGCGUGGCGGCCUCCCCGGUCGGGGGUCAGAUCCGAGCUGAAUCGGGGAGAUUUCCCGGCCAGGAACGAAAACGACAAGUGCAACGAAGCUGUACUUGUUCAGGUGACAGGAUAAUGGCUGGCACUUUGACUGAGGACAAUGGUGCGGAUGCUAGAUCCUCAUCAACUGAAGAGAUGCCAAGUGAUCAACAGAGUCAUUCUGGGGAUUCUUUAGCUGAGUGGAGGUCGAGUGAGCAAGUUGAGAAUGGAACACCAUCCACUUCACCAGCGUACUCAGACACUGAUGAUGACGACUGUGGACCUAGGCCUUCUGAGCUAUAUGGGAAGUUUACAUGGAGAAUUGAUAAUUUCUCCCAAAUCAACAAGAGAGAGCUAAGAAGUAAUUCCUUUGAUGUUGGUGGAUUUAAGUGGUAUAUCUUAAUUUACCCACAAGGAUGUGAUGUCUGCAAUCACCUCUCACUCUUUCUUUGUGUUGCCAACCAUGAUAAGCUACUCCCAGGAUGGAGUCACUUUGCGCAAUUUACAAUAGCUGUAAUUAAUAGAGACCCUAAGAAAUCGAAGUAUUCUGAUACACUGCAUCGGUUUUGGAAGAAAGAGCAUGAUUGGGGGUGGAAAAAGUUUAUGGAGCUGUCAAAAUUACAUGAUGGCUUUAUUGUUGAGGAUGUUCUUACCAUCAAAGCCCAAGUUCAAGUUAUCAGGGAGAAGACAGACCGUCCAUUUCGUUGCCUUGAUGGGCAGUACCGAAGGGAACUAAUUAGGGUGUAUCUAUCAAAUGUGGAACAAAUUUGCCGGCGCUUUAUUGAUGAAAGAAGAAGCAAGCUUAGCAGGUUGAUUGAGGAUAAACUGGGGUGGUCCAGUUUCAAUGGAUUCUGGCUAGCAAUGGAUCCAAGUGUGCGUCGACACAUGACAAGGGAAAAGACUGAAACUAUAUUGAAAGUUCUAGUGAAACAAUUCUUUAUAGAGAAAGAAGUUACAUCAACCUUGGUAAUUGACUCACUAUAUAGCGGACUUAAGGCACUUGAAUACCAGAGCAAGAACAAAAAGGCGAUACCUAAACUAACAGAGACAGAUGCUCGGAGCACUCCAAUGGUACUUAUUGAUCAGGACAUGUUUGUUUUGGCUGAUGAUGUGAUACUUCUGCUUGAAAGAGCUGCAUUGGACACACUGCCACACCAACCAUUGCCUACAAAGGAUGAUAAAAGUUCACAAAACCGCACGAAGGAUGGCAACUCAGGUGAGGAGUUCAGCAAAGAUUCUAUUGAGCGUGAUGAUAGACGGCUUAUAGAGCUAGGCUGGAAGACAUUGGAGCUUUUUGCCUUGGCUCAUAUAUUCAGCCGAAUAGAAGUGGCACAUCAAGAGGCUGUGGCUUUGAAGCGCCAAGAGGAACUCAUUCGUGAAGAGGAAGCAGCUGGACUAGCUGAAAUUGAACUUAAGGCAAAGCGUAAUGCUGCUGAAAAGGAAAAACGUGCCAAGAAAAAACAGGCGAAACAGAAGAAAAAUAGUCGAAAAAGUAAUAAGGGGAAAAGUGGCAAGUCCGACAUCAAUAAGGAAAUACUUAUGGACAGCAGUCCUUCAGAUGAUAGAAUCCUGGAUGAUUUUUCUGGACAAACGGAAGAAAUGUCCUCAAAUGCUGACAACCCUGAAGAAGUUUCUGAUAUAUCUGACAGCAGAGACGAUAAUUCAGAUGUGCUUCAUGUUGAUAUUGAAGACCGUGAAUCUAGUCCUGUUAAUUGGGAGACAGAUGCAGAAACACAAGCUACUGUUCCUGGAAGUAGUGAGGUGCAAAAUGACCAUGCAGGGAAGAGGACCUCUACUGUGGAUGAUAGCUCAUCAACUUGUUCAUCAGACUCGGUCCCUUCAGCUACCGUGAACGGAUCAUAUACAGGAGGUGCCUGGACAAGCGUGAGAUCCUCAUCCAAUAGGGGAAACAACCGGAGGAAUAAGGAUACUGAAGCACGGGCAGGAUUUGCACAAGGUGGAUCAAGUUCAGCGCAUAAUGGUUUUAUAGGAUCUGGCAGCAAUGCCUCUAGCCACUCAAAGGAAAGACACGAACCUGAGGAUGAUAAAGUUGUCUUGCAGAGGAAGCAACAUGCACAACGGCACAUUGAUGUCAUUAGCCCCUCUAAGUCAAGAAUGGCGGAGUCUUCAUUUUCUUCUGUGAGCCCUGUUAAGAAGCAACCUAACAUGUCUCAUCAACCAAAAUUUUUGCUAGAAAGCACCAAUAGUUUGAAUCACCGUGCAAGCGAAGUUUCAGGCGCUGUGACUGCCACUACAACAGCAGGUGCCUCUUCAACCCCGGCAGCUCAGUUAGUUUCGAAUAAAGGACCUGUAUCCAGUGCUGCAACCCAGAAUGAGAAGCCAGUUCUAGUUACAAGUAGACCCCUGCAGGUUCUUUUACCAUCCAAAUCUGAAGCGCAGAAACAGGCUUCCGUAACUGGCAGUGCAAAUACUCAGGACAUUUCAGUAUCAAGGCCCUUGAGUGCCCCACAAGUCCCUGCGGCGAAACAAAGUGCACCAGUCACUUCAACAGCUCCGAAUGCACCUCUUCUUUCUCGUUCAAUGAGUGCUGUUGGGCGGUUGGGAAAUGAACCCUCUGCCAGUGCUCCUAGUUUCAUUCCCCGGUCACGAACAUAUCGCAAUGCCAUGAUGGAGAAAAGUUCUGGUGGUGGAAGCAGUUUCACACAUCAGCAAGGUUCGUCCGAGCAAGCAGUUACACCAUUGCAAUCGAUUUUUACAUCGCAACCUUCCAUUCCGUCAUCAGAGACCUUGUCUAGGAAAGAGGAAACAUCAUUGAGACCUGGGUUUACAUUUGGAACUGUAAAGCCCGAGUCACUGAACCCAUAUCAGGGCAGAGAAGAGACCUCACAACAAGCGAGCAGCAGCAGCAGCAGCAGUAGUGAUUGUAUGCCAUCGAAUUCGAACAUCAGAAGCGAGAUUGCGAAGCUCAAUUUGAAUGGAAGAUCACGAAGCAAGCAACUGUUGUCAGAAAUUUCUACCAGAUUUACUCCCUAUCAGCCACAAGGCUUGGUCGCUGAUGAGUUCCCACACCUAGACAUCAUCAACGACUUGUUGGAUGAGGAGCAGAGUGACAGGAGAAGGGUUCUUCAACCUGGUUUUGUUCAACAAUUCUCUAUGCCUAAUGGUGCCAGCACACCUGAGUAUGGUUUGUUUAGUGAGCCAUACCUGUUUGACCAGUCUGAGCAAUACUUUGACGAGGAGCCUCCAAGGUUUUAUAGUCCAUUGAGCAGUGCUCCUCGGAGGCUGAGGGACCGGAGCUAUUCACACUUUGAUCUCCCAUCAUACUCCAGCAGCAGCCAGUUUGAUGAUCUGAUGAUGAGUCAGUGGCCAUACAGCCGCACUGACAUCUCCAUGCCUAGUUUUGAGUCAGACACAAGUGGCUACCCUUAUCAGGCGCAGGAUUUCCCGAGUUCAGCUAAUAGAGCAAGCAGGUACCCAUCGUAUCGCCCUGCCAAUGGGCAUUGAGAGUUUUAAUGGUUGCAUUGAUAAUAAUGUGUGGUCGAGUCCAUGCUGUUCGCUUCUGAGCUGAGUGUAAUUGUAAUAGUUCCCCAUAGCAGUGAUAUAAAGAAUGGUUCCUCAGUUUCCUUGUUAAAUCAAUAGUUACAUCUUUUUCCCCCUUUUCUAUAGUUCAGUUUUGCCCAAUGGUAAUAAAUCUAAGUCGGUUAAAAUGAUCUGGCUAAUCUAGUCAAUGGUGUUCUGAAAUGUGUAUGAUGCAAGCAAAUGGUAGGUGUUUUUAAGCCAUGCCAGUGCUUCAGCUGAUGUUUCAUUGACUGGGAGUAUUUCUUGUUUCUUCCUCUGACGAGUAAAUUCUGGAAAUAGCCCAUGGACAUAAACUAAUUGUUUGCUGCACACUAUGAACUUUUGGAGGUAUAGUUGAUUAUUUCCAUGGA